GACAACUACAUCAGGAUGCAGAUGCUGGACAAAAGCAAACCUUUUUUUUUAGCCGCGACGACACCCGUAACAUCACGGUCCGCCACAUAACGACCAAUUUCCUCCGAGAUGUCAACAAUAGUGAAAUGACAACAAGUCCAAUCUCUCCACAAGCACAGGGGCACGAACAAACCUUAACAACAACAGUCGACCUUCGUAGUGAGAAACUUUC